AUGUCCUUUCUACGAACGUUUCGCCCGAAUCUGAUACUCAGCACCGCUCCACCAUCUUCCAACGGAACUGAACGUGGAACUAUGCGCACCGGUACGCCUUCUUCUAAAGUUGCAACAACGGCUUCAAGUGGCAGUAGAAAAAAUUCAUCGUCUAGUCGAACUAUCACCGAAGAACCUGAUCGACCGUUCAAUGUAGGUAGGCGUAGUAGCAGUAAUAGUGUUGGCACGAUGAAGAACCGUAGUGGAACGAAGCACGGUGCAUCGUCAUCGUCAGGCCGUUACGGGAAAGAAAAUCCGGCCCCGAUCGUUGUUUAUCUCGAUAAGCAACCGGAUGGGAAAAAGCAACCGACCAGCAUCCUGCGAACAAACACGUUCACACGCCAUGACGAAGAACCGGAACGUAUUCGACAUGCAAUCACUCGUAGCGACACUUUUACACUCAACGAAACGAACGAAGAGCCGAUCAACACCGGUACCUACACCAGACCGGCAAAGAUCUCGGCCCCUACGACGGAUGUGUUUGAGCCGCUCUAUGCGAAGAACAUUUCGCUACACUCACAGGAAAAAUUACCGGUGGUGGUAGAUACACGCACUUACCGUAAAAAAUCGUUCAAAUCAUCCAAACCGGUACAGAAGGUGGAAAGCUUCAUUAAGCGCUUCGAAAGGACACUUUUUAACAAAGGCGGUAGCAAUGGAAAUGAUUCCAAACGAUACGGUUCGCGCAAAGGUUCCACCGCGUCGGAAGCGACAAUUGUUCCUGCACCUCGCUUCCGUGACGUGGGUAUCAAUUGUAAACUGGAUGAAGAGGAAAAGUUUAAGGCAAAGCUAGAAGCGAUCAAGCAAUCACGUCAAAACUCCCGUGAUUCACUUAUCAGCUACAGGGAGCGCAGUUUGUCACCCGGGAAACAGAGAUUUUUCACCUACGAUCAUCAUCGAUCCUCGUCUUCCACGUCGGUGCAACCGCUAAAGGAGGAUGCAAACAGCUACAACAGCGGUAGGGAUAGCACCACGCCUCCCCCCGCUGUUCCGGGGAGUCGUUCAACCCUGUAUCAACCGACUGAAAGUAGCUUUCUGAAAAGCAAACAAAAGGAAAUCGAAAUGGGUUACAGUGUGGUUAACAAACGACAGCCAGCGGCUUUUUACCUUACGACAUCGCAUACCGGCAACCAACGAUCCCCCGAACGUGGCAAAACUAAGUCUGAAAGUGAUCAUCUAUGGAGAUCCGGUCGUGAUGCCGUAGAGGACCGAUCAGCCAACAACAACAUCCGAGAGCGACAUUCCAGCAAGGAUAAUUCAUCAGCAACAGGGUACUCAUCCCGCCGGGAUACGUACCAAACGCUGAAGGAUGAAUACGAGCGACAGCAGCACCUGCAGGCACAGGCCCACAAACCGGUAGGGAUUGCUAGUCCGCGGAUGAGCGCGGUACGACCAGCGGAUGUACCACAAACGCCACCAUCACCAUUAGCCGUUCGCAAAGAAUCGCAGCCCGAAUUGCCGAAGUACACUUUCGGGACCGAUCUACAGCAGCGCCGUAGCAGAUUCCAGCAGUUUCAAAAAUCGUUCAAAAAGAUGGAUGACAGCGCGUCCGAAGUAUCGGUACAGCAGAGUUUCUUCGUACCAAUCUGA